AUGCACCUCCCAAGCCUCGCAAUCGUCUCUCUCGCGGCCCUGGCCCCGCUCGCCAGCGCCUUUGGCUCCGCAAAGGUAACCAACAACUGCCUUGCAAAGAUGUACCUCUGGUCCGUCGGCGGUUCCAUCAGCCAAGUCCACACCAUCAACCCCGGCCAGUCCUAUAGCGAGCAGUUCCACCGCGACCCAGCCUCGGGAGGUAUCUCGCUCAAGAUCUCCCGCCGGCCCAACGGCCUCUACGACGGCAGCCCGCAGCUGAACUUUGCGUAUACCCUGGACCCGAACCAAGUUUGGUAUGAUCUGUCCACUGUCUUUGGGACUGCAUUCCAGGGCAAGAUUCUCUCUGUCUCGUCGGAGAAUGAGGACUGCCCGACUAUUUGCUGGCCCACUGGCACGCAGCCCGCUGGCAGUCAGGUCAAGACUUGUGAGCCGAAUUCGGAUCAGAUCCUUACACUUUGUGCGGAUGAGUGCCCGGCUUAG